AGGUCUUACGUACACAUCGAUAUAAUAUAAAAAGAACACACGAGUUGAUCAAAGUUGCAUAGCAAAUUAUUCACAAAACUAAAAACUAACAAUGAAAUUCGUCAUUUUGUGCUUGGCUCUUUGUGUCGCCGUAAUGGGAGAACAGUGCCGUCAAACGAAUGACUGCCAUGUUACAACGUGUGCUACAAAUGCCAACCUCGUGUGCUUACAUGGCGAAUGUACCUGUACAACAUCAAGUGGAGCCACGUGCACGACCGCCGACGAAUGCCGUCACGAUUGCCAUGACAGAAAUGCCCACUGUGUCGACGGAAGGUGUCACUGCAGAAACUAAUAAACAAAAUAAUGAAAGUCAUUAUGAACUUUGUACCAUU